CGCGUCCCCGCCGCUUCCCUCCUCGCUCGGGAGCGUCGCAGGACCGUCGCGGCCGAGGGCGGCCGAGGGGGCUGUUCAUGGAAGAGAUGUCUGGAGAGACGGUGGUGAGCGUGACGGUGCCGGCAGCCACAACCCGCCCCACCUCCUUCAAGGGCGCCAGCCCGAGCUCCAAGUACGUGAAGCUGAACGUCGGCGGGGCCCUGUACUACACCACCAUGCAGACGCUGACCAAGCAGGACACGAUGCUCAAGGCCAUGUUCAGCGGCCGGAUGGAGGUCCUCACGGACAGCGAAGGCUGGAUUUUGAUCGACCGCUGCGGCAAGCAUUUCGGGACCGUGCUGAACUACUUGCGGGACGGCGCGGUGCCCCUCCCGGAGAGCCGGCGGGAGAUCGAAGAGCUGCUGGCGGAGGCCAAGUAUUACCUGGUCCAAGGCCUGGUGGACGAGUGCCAGGCUGCCCUGCAGAACAAGGAUGUCUACGAGCCGUUCUGCAAGGUCCCCAUCAUCACCUCCUCCAAGGAAGAGCAGAAGCUGAUUGCCACUUCCAAUAAGCCAGCGGUCAAGUUGCUGUACAACAGGAGCAACAACAAGUAUUCCUACACCAGCAACUCCGACGACAACAUGCUGAAGAACAUCGAGCUCUUCGACAAGCUGUCGCUGCGCUUCAACGGGCGGGUGCUCUUCAUCAAGGACGUCAUCGGGGACGAGAUCUGCUGCUGGUCCUUCUACGGGCAGGGCCGCAAGAUCGCCGAGGUGUGCUGCACCUCCAUCGUCUAUGCCACCGAGAAGAAGCAGACCAAGGUUGAAUUCCCCGAAGCCCGAAUCUACGAGGAGACGCUGAACAUCCUGCUGUACGAAGCCCAGGACGGGAGGGGCCCCGACAACGCCCUGCUCGAGGCCACCGGGGGGGCCGCCGGCCGCUCGCACCACCUGGACGAGGAGGAGGAGCGGGAGCGCAUCGAGCGCGUCCGGCGGAUCCACAUCAAGCGCCCCGACGACCGGGCGCACCUGCACCAGUGAGCACCUCCGUGGCCCCCGCAGGCCCGUCCGUCCGUCCAGCUGGCUCAGCCCUUCAUUGGGACCGCGCCACCCAGCCUCAUUCCAGUUGCUCCUGGCAACCCAACUGCUAUUCCACAAGGUUUAAAAACUGCGGUUUUCUAAAUGAAUUAGAGUAUUUUUGGUAUUUAACAAAGUAGUUUUCUGCUGAAAUCGAGGAGGUGUCCAAUGUCACAGUGAUUAGAGGGCUCGCUGGACGCUUUUGGGGGGCGGCCUCAGCAUUUCCUCACUGCAACCGAUCGCUCCCUGCGUGGCAGCCUGUUCCUUGGCCUGCGCCUGCGCCUCAGCGGCCGUCCCUGGCCCCCUCCUGCGUCCGCACUGUGGGAAGGGCCCCUACCUCGGUCCCUGCGAAGGGACCAGUGCCUGCCAGGACCCUGCCCUCCGCUUGCGGCGGGACGCGGCCAGGGGGUCCCCAGGAGCCCGCCAGGAGCAGGGCGGAGCGGCUUGAUGCUGGGCAGCCCGUAUUCCACCCAGAAGUGGUGGUGGGGCGGAGGCUUCGCUGCCCACCCCACGGCGGCUGCUGCAGGGCCCCGGCUCCGGCCCGCUUCCCUCAGCCCUGCACCCUCCAGAGGCCUCGCUCAGCCACCCUCCGCCGCAGCCCGGCACUCCCGGAGGCAGCUGGGCAGGGAAGGCCGCUUCAGCCUGGGCACCUCUUUCACACUAGCGCCCCUCACCUUGCCGUCGGUCUUCGGGGAAAACUCGCUGCCACUCGUUGCCUUAAUUUGCGUGCUCCUCCGCGCCCCCCGCCCCGUAACUUCGGGAAGCGCUUGCACGCUGAGCUCGUCCGUUCCAUCCGGGCUGCCGCACUGCCUCCUGUCCGCGCAGAAGGUCGCUUGCGGGCAAGCCCUUCGCCUCUGGGGCAGAGGGGCUUGUCCGGCCGUGGUUCCGAAACGCAGGUCGGGUCAGGGGCGGGCCUGCGGAGGCUGAAGCUGGGGCAGGGAGUGGCUUGGGCAGGACUGCACGCCCGCCUGUCCUGGUGUGCUGCCCCCAGAGGAAGUGGCCACAAAUCCCAGCAUUCCCCAGCCUGUGUCGUCAGUGGGGAUGCUGAGAGUUGGGAUCCAGCAACUCGCGGGGCUUCAGGUGAAGGAGUGCUGCUCGAAGGUGAGCACAGCAGUGGCUGGUGGGAGCGCUGGGUCACCACAGGUGCGGUGCACACCUGGGCGGAACCGUGCCCGACUCCACCCCCAGGAGGGUGCUGUGCCGAGGGCCGCACCCGCCGGUCUUGGCAGAAACAGCUCGACCGGCCGAUUUCUGUGCCGCCGCCACUGCGUGUGUGUCUUGAGGCAUUCGCCUUGUCUUUCAGCAUCUACCUCCGCUCAGCUGCUCCUGCUCUUGCUGCGAGGCGAGUGGCGGGACGUGAGCCAGUAGCAGGUAGCCCAGAGAUGGAGCUGUGAGCUGUCCGAGAUGGGGGGAAGGUGGCGCUUCCACAUGUUCUGCGGAGCACCCCUGCGCGGUGCACCGACGUCACGCUUAGCUCAGCCCUUGUCCGCCCCGGCCUUUCUCCCCCCACUGCCGCCAGCGGGGGCUCCCCCCGGAGAAGCACCCACUCGUGCCCGCCGGGUCGCCGUGGCCUGCCCUUGCUGGUGCAAAGGGACAUUCCCAGCCCGAGGGCGGACACGGUUCCCUCUGCAGCGCCCCACUCGGCUCACGAGUGUUCCGGAGAAGCCUCCGGGCGCGAUUCUGCAGGCCCCGUCACUGAGAGACUGGCUCGGUCUUCCCAUUUAGCAUGUCGCAACUGUGCGCUCAAAGCCGGGCCCCACAAUGGGUUUUCCGCUCUGCAAAAGAAUCUGCCCAGAGGUUCAUGCUUCAGCUCUUCUUCAUCUUGUUUGGCCUGCUGCGAUAUGCGUGUGUUUUCCAGUUGUAGUGCUGAAAGGCUUCUGUGGGGUGCGGGGGGCGGAAUAAGUACGGGAGCUAAUCUGUGCCCUGGGGCUCAGCACUACAUAAUUUCUUCCUGCGGCUGAACAGCGCGUGCAGCCGGCCUGCGUCCCGCUCUAGCUGUGAUCGGUCCAGUUUGCUGUGGCUUGUAGGUUGGUUGUGGGGCAGUAGCCGAGCCGGCCGGGGAGCCCCCUGCUCAGACCCCAUGCCUAGCUUUAGGCAUUUAAUGUCGUUGCACACACUCCCUCCGUCCGCAUCUUCCCCAGGUCUCCUCCUGGGGCCGAACUGUCGGCGGCAGCUUAGCUCAACGGUUUUGGAAACGAGGGACGUGUGUGCCGGUCUCGCUGCAGAGGAAAGGGUGGGGUGCAGUGGCCUUCCUCUUUCCAUGCCUUGGCAGGAGGGAGGGGUCCUUGGCGCAUGCUUGUGGGAGCCGAGAGUCUCUCGGUUGCUUUCCUCGCUGCCGUGGCCCUGAAGACGCUGGAAAGGGGGCCAGAAGGAGAAGCACGUGGCCCCCGUCAGGAGGCAGGGCUCUGUCCCGCACUUGCUGCCUGGGGGACUAAAGGAGGUGAUCCAUGGCAGCACGAGAUGCAUGGUGCCGUUAAGGCCUGUGCUGAGCUUAAUCAGUUAAGCCUGCAGGUGUCCCAGGAGUGGCCCCAGGAGCAGCCGAAGGCGGAGCGCCACCCCUUUGUCAUGAAGCCGGAGGGACCCCCGUCGCUUCCUUGCUCAGCGAGACUCGCCACGAGUGUUCCUCGGCACCACAGAGCAUUUGCCACCUUCCGUGGCUGGGCCUCUUGAGUGCCGACGGGCGUGAGCCAGUCUGCCGCAACCCGGCGUGUACGGCAUCGGCGGUCCUGCCUGCACAGGGGCGGCCCUGCAGGUGCGCCGGGCCUUCCCCUCCAUCGUCCAGCCUGAGGCUGCGAUGGGUGCAUUUCAGAAGGGACCCCAGAAACCCGGCACAACACAAUACCACCGCUGCUCCAGCCUUCCCCAGCCUGCUGCUCCCACUGGGCUACGACACCUCGGCUAGGGCAUGCUGGGAAGUGUAGUCCAGAGAGCAGCGGGGUGGGGAAGGCCUGGGAAGGGCUAGUCUAAGCAAGGUCUUGCCCUCGUUGAAUUCCUAGGCGUGGCUUCCCAAAUGAGUCCGAGAGGACGGAGCGCUGACCCGGGUGCUCAGGCUGCCCGUUCAGGUUAAAGGCACAGCGAGCACAGAAGCCGCCGCUGCGCGAGUGCCGGCCGAGGCACGCCCUGCGCUGCUGGGGCUGUGGAGACCCCCUGUCCUGGCGUGGUGGGGCGGGGGCAGGCCAUCCUGCUGCUGCUCCGGCUCUCCCUUUGGCUCCAAGCACUUCCGGAGUGGCCUUUCUCUGUGUUCCCAGCCUGCCGAUGCGGUUCAGCAACACCAAGCCCUUCGCUCUGCCCUCCUGGGGCCGCAUCCUUCCAGCUCUGCCCAGCAAUCGGGGCGGCUGCCCACGGCAGCGACCCCCCCCCUCUGUCUCUAGCUGGGUUCUUUUGUCCAUGUAUGUGAUUAUGUAUUUGACAUCAAUGCUGAAACACGCAAAAUAAAUUAGAAACAGUUCCUAUUUCUAA